AUGAUGAUGAUGAUGAUGAUGCAGGUUGACGGCGGUCUGCCCCCGCCGACGCGCAACAUGAUGAUGUCCGUUCGCGUGGAGGCGUUUGCCUGUAUCGAGCUCUUCACCAUCGUCGGCGUGGCCGCUUACGUGUUCUUCACGCCACCUCCGGAGCGCAUGCCGCGCAACAUCACGUGCCUGAACCUGAGCUGCUUCAACCUGGGCGCGGAGCUGUACACGGCGAUGGAUCUGCGUUCGAACCCCUGCGACGACUUCUACCAGUACACGUGCGGUCGCUGGGCCGAGAACCACCCUGACUACGAGGACCAGUUCCGGUACCUGGAGGCUCGCGUGUACCGGACGGCGAACGACAAGCUUCGCGAGCGCAUGGAGAAGCUCCCUCCGCCAGACAAGCCGCUCUCCGGCGCGGACAAGGCGGCCCUCAGCUACCUGGCAUGCGUCGAGGUGCAGACGCGACACAUCGACGUGCCCUGGAUGAUCAGCCAGCUCCUCUUCCGGCGCACUAAGGACGGAGGCGGGAGCGAGUCCCUGCUCCAUCCGACUACGGCCAAGCUGACCACCAAGGACGCCGCCCUUCGCCUCCUGGUGUCGCUGGCACUCGACUUGGACAUCGACGUACUAUUCAAGAUACUGAUGGCGCCGGACCCGCGCACCAACAGCCGGCGAGUCGUGAGCGUGGCGCACAGCGAUUCGCUGCUCAAGUGGAAGAGACACCGCGAGCAGCUCACGACGCCCGCCGCCACUGCCACCUGCAUACGCGAGUUCGUCAACAUCCUGUCGGCGGAGCACUCGCUGCGCGUCGAAGUGGCCGCCGCGCUGGUCAAGAUGGACGUUGAGAUCACCGUCAAGAUGGCGGCCGCGGCGGCCAUGUCUCUCGGCGCAGGAACCUUCGUCACGUUCGCGCGUAUUCCCGCCUUGGAAAAGGCCAAGGUGGCGCAGCCCGUCCCCAAAGGCCGUGCGGAUCGUGAAGCUGGCGACGCCAAGUCCGCAGAUCUCUCUGCCAGCGGCAACACUGGUACCGCGGAUGAUAAGAAAAGCUUUCAAACGGGACACGCCAACCCGUGGCUGGAAGCCUUCAACGCCGCACUUGGCGACAGGGGCAACGUCACGGAAGACGAGCAGCUGUUCGUGGCCGACCCGCAGAUAUUCGCGCUGGUGCGCGAGGUGCUCGACCAUUACCCGACGAAGCACUUGCGCUACUACACCGCGUUCCAUGCGGUGCGCCAGCUGGCGCCAUUCACCUCGUAUCGACUAGUGGACGCCCUGUUCUCGCCCGACAACCAAAGUGCCGCCAUGGUGUACUACGCGGACGCAUGCGCGGCAGCGGCUAGCCGGCUCACUUCCUUCGCACUGUCUAGCUAUGUGUUUCAGGACCUGGUACCGCAAGAACGAAUCCAGGCCGCGUAUGACCAUCUCGAAGCGCUGAAGAACAGGACCGGUGCCAUGGCCAGCUCCUGGCUUGCGAAGCCUGACCAACGCUCAGCCCUCCAAAGGCUCCGCUCCCUCAAGAGCCUGGUCGCCUGGCCUUCCCGUUUCAACGACUCGACCGGCUCGGCCGUGGACCAGUUCCUGGCGCACUUGCCCGACUUCCGGGGCUACUACAUCGAGAUCUACCUGGACGCCAUUUCAGCCAUACGUAACCGCGAGAUGGCACAGCUCCUGGAUCGGACGCCCGGCUCGGAGGACAAGAUCGCCCGUGAGGAGGACGGCCCUUUCCCCGGGAUGCGUCCCAUGGUCCGUUACAGCGCGUGGUACGGCAGCAUUCUGGUCUCGCCCAGCGCCGUGCUUGAACCGCUGUUCUUCAACGGCAGUGACCCUCUGAGCAUGGGCGCCUUCGGUCACCUGGUGGCCCAUGAACUAUGGCACGCGGCGUUGGGAGAGAUGCCCCUUGGAGCCGCGUCCCAGUCGGACCUGACCCUGGGAGACGAGCAUCUCAAGAGACACCAGUGCAUCGCUGAGUUCUACACCAAGGCCGGGGCUUCGAAACAGGAUGCCGCUAAGGGUUCGUCCGAGAGCGUGGCUGACCUCGUGGGCCUUGAGGUCGCGUACGCCCUCUACCGCGAGGGUAACGGUUCCUCGCCGUCGAAGGGGGGUGAUGUCGGGAACGUGACCGACAUCACUGGCUUCACGACCGAGCACCUUUUCUUUGUCGCGUCCUGCCUCAAGUGGUGCGCGGCGACGCCCGACUCCCCAUCGAAGACGUCACUGGGCUACAUAACGCCCAGAAUGAGGUGCAACGUCCCUGUGGCCGUUAUGGACAGGGCUAGGGUGUUCGCCGAGGCCUUCGGCUGCAAGAACGAAAGCAAAAUGGUUCAGAUGGUGGCCGGUCCCAACUGCGCGGGCAUCGACGAGAUGCCGAUGCAGCCACCCCGGGACUACAACAUUACCGCGUAG